AUGAAGCUGGACGAUGCCUUAUGGGUAUACAGAACCGCCUAUAAAGCACCUAUAGGAAUGUUCCCGUAUGCGCUUGUGUUUGGAAAGGCAUGUCACUUAUCGCUGGAAUUGGAGCACAAAGCACUGUGGGCAGUAAAGAAGCUCAAUUUUGAUUUGAAAACUGUAGGGGAGGAAAGAAAACUUCAGUUGCUCGAGCUAGACGAAUGGAGAAUUCGAGCAUUUGAAAAUGCUAAGAUCUACAAGGAAUGCACAAAAAGUUCGCAUGACAAACGACUACGCGAAAAGAAUUUCCAGGUUGGACAGAAGGUCUUGUUAUACAACUCUAGGCUAUGA